CGUGCUGCCACGAAGGAUGAUGGGAAAUGUAGUUUAUUUUCACAAGCUAAAUGAGAGAGUUGUAGUAGUUCUCCCUUUACCGCCUCAGGUGAGGUUCUGACCGCGGAUUGGCUGGAAUGAUAAAGUGGGCUUGGCGACGGCUAAUGAUUGACACAACGCCUUACAUGAAGGUGACAAGCAAAAACUUCAGCAGGAGAAACUUCCCUGUGUCAGUUCUGCUGCCAGGAUAACUUUUACUAAGACGGAAACAGGGCAGGUUUAGUGUUAAUGAUCAUAUAUUUGUGGUGAAGAAAGUACAGGGAGUCCAGUAUCAAAAAACGACGCAGUAAGAUGCUGAUGAGAGUGAUUAUAUGGUGAUGGAAGCGCACCUGUUGAGUUUCGUGGAGCGGGUCCGCUGUUUGUCCGACCAUGACAGCAGUGGAGAACUCAUCUCCACCGAGUUCAGCUUGAUACGACAGAAAAGUGCAUCACUAAAAGAGGAUUAUGGCCUGACCACUGCGGCAGGAGAACUCAAGGAAAAUGUGAAGAAAAACCGCUAUAGGGAUAUUCUGCCCUAUGAUCAGACCAGAGUCUGUCUAACUCCGACCCCAUCUGAAUAUGAAUCUGAUUAUAUUAAUGCCAACUUCAUCAAGGGAGCUGCUAAGAACAAGAUGUAUAUCGCCACCCAAGGCCCUUUGAGCAGCACUGUGAUUGAUUUCUGGCGUAUGAUUUGGCAACACAGUGUAAAGGUCAUAAUCAUGGCUUGUCGAGAGGUUGAGAUGGGAAAGAAAAAAUGUGAAGUCUACUGGGCGUCAACCACAGACACAUCCACGUUUGGUCCCUUUACUGUCUCAACUUUUAAGGAGUUGCGACCAAAUGAGGAAGUCAUUGUUCGGACGUUGGUGGUGAAUUAUUGCGAUGAAACUCGUGAAGUGUCUCAUUUCCAGUAUACUGCCUGGCCGGACCACGGAAUUCCAGACAUGCCGGAUGGCAUUCUGGAUAUGAUGGAGUUGGCUCGCCAAAAACAGGGCAACCAGACGGACCCUUUAGUGAUCCACUGCAGUGCUGGCUGUGGUAGAACCGGGGUCAUUUGUGCUGUUGACUAUGUCAAUGAUCUACUACUGACAGAGCAAAUACAGGAGGAUUUUAAUAUCUUGGACCUGGUGUUAGAACUCAGAAGACAGAGACCUUCAGCUGUGCAGACCAAGGAGCAGUAUGGAUUUGUCUUUUAUACGGUUGCUCAGAUGUUUCAGAAGGCCUUGCAGGCUAUAAACAAGGAUACAGAGAAGACUUCGACCUCUCUGUACAUCAAUGCGGUUCUGCCAAAGGCUUCAUUGAAAUCAGGAACAUUAGGCAACUUCAGCGUCUCCACUAAAACACGAAAUCCUCCUCUCAAGCCCAGGCUUUCUCAUCCUAUUCCUCAGGCCAGGAUGAAUGACACUUAUGCGGUCGUCAACAAGCCAAAACUGCAGCCCCCCAGCUCUGCCCCCCAUUCACACACUGUCCAUUACUAUGACAAUGCUAAAUCAGAGAAAAGCAAUAACAAUGCUGUAUACAGUGCAGUCAAACCUAAAAACAGGCCUGUAUCAUUCCUGCCUCCUCCCACCUCACCGGUUUAUGACAGAUCACCGACAGCCAAUCAGAGAGGAGGACUGUCACCUAAAGUAAUGGACCAUGAUGGCUAUGAGCUAUUGCCAGGGGAGUUGAGGCCCGUGAAUAGAGAUGCACAGGCAUGCGGUCCUCUUUCACGAACAUCAAGCGCAACUGAGAGCCAAUCUUCUACAGAUGAUGAUUAUGAAUAUGUGACUAGCGUCGUCAAGGACACCAGCAGCCCAUUUGCCCCGGGCAGCCUGGGUUUCAACUCUCGCAUAAAGAAACCCAAAGGCCCACGAGAUCCACCAGCCGAAUGGAGUCGGGCAGAAAGAUGAAACGACAACAGGUUUUAGGUUUUAUAAAGAGUUAAUUGGAUCCAGUAGAUGCACAGCUGUUUUUACGCUGGGUAAUAGAGCGUUUAUUUAUUUCCGUCAGAGGUUCCACUUCUUGUUUUGUUUGUAUUACUGUUUUAAUUAUUGUUGCAAUUCAUGGUUAUGUUGUUUAGUUUAUUAAUGUAUUUGUGUGGCAAAUACUUAUAUUAGAAAUUGAAAAUUUGAGUGCUGAUUUAAGAAUGCAUCUGUGAUGUACAAUAAAAGGGGCCGUUCGUUUCAUUUUUUUUUUUUUUUUUUUAUAGUUUGUCAUUUAUGGAGUUCACAUUUUUAUGCGCCAUAAUUGUAAAUGUUGGUGGUAAUCUGUAUUUGCUAUGGUAAUAUAUUCAUCUGACAUCAGCAAGUUGCUGUUUAUUUUCAGUAGAUGUUCUUUUUGGAUGUUUUCAUUAUGUUUUGAUUGUACAUUGAACCUUUUCAUCUAAAGGCAUAAAGGAAAGUUUGAUAUGAUAUGACCCUCUUUAGCAGGGUUGUCAAACUGCUCUCAGGAAGGACCACAGCUCUACAGAGUUUAGUUCCAACUUUUCUCUAACACACACGAUUCCAAAUGGCGUUUUUGCACACUUGAAGGGCACUUCAGGAAGGGGACGCCAUUGGUAGGGGCAUUACAAAUGAAAGUGAACAACUGAAUCCCUUCACGAAGCUCCCUUCCACAAGUCCGUUCAUGAAGGGAACUUGCGAUGGUCACUUAAAGGAAGUAAUUUAAACGUUUAUGGUCAUGACUCAGGGUGACAAGUCUUCGCAAUUCAUUUUAAAUCUAAAUAAAGUGGGAGAGUUGGAGUUAAUGUA